AGUUUACUACCGAAUUCAACCCAUAUAUUGCAGCCAUUGAAUGUAGGUUUAUUUAGAUCGUUAAAAAUAAACUGGAAAAUGGCAAUUUUCAACUGGCGAACUCAACAUGGGAAAAAAUUCUUAAAAAGAUAAAAUUUUGCCCCUGUUCUUAAAAUCACUUUAGAUAAUAUUAACAAUUUAAAAGACAUUUUUGCUAAUGCAUUUAAAACGUGCGGUCUUUUUCUAUUUAAUGUAAAUAACGUGAACUACACAAAAGUGCUGAAUAAUAAUUAUGCCGGAGCGGAAAGUGAUCAAGAUAAAAAAAAAAAAAUGAAAAUGCUGAAAUCAUUGGACAUCUACGAUUUUUAGAAAGUCAUAUUUCUAUGAAGACAGUCGGUCACUUUUAUAAUUUCCAAGGAGCAAACUGGGACGGAAAUGACUGUGACCAAAAUUUGUACAACACUUGGUUACAGAUUUAUCUAAAGAAGAAAGAAUAGUAGAAAACGUGGUGACGUGACGUUCAAGAUGGCUUAGUUCUAGAUGAAGGGUGGUAGAUGUACCAGCAAAUGACUUGAACAGUAAAGAAGAAAUUGCUAUUAAAGAAACCAAUGAGAAUACUCGUAAAUUUAUUAAUAUUCUAGAGGAUAUUCGUAUACAGCCAUUAGAUAUUAAUAUUGCUGUACAAGGAGAAUACUCUUAUAAUAUUACUGCUACUCGAACCAUUUGUAUCAAUAAUGAAAAUAUACUUCCAGAAAUGAUUGAGUCUACCUCUCAAAGUCCUAAUGCACUAAUUCUAAUAAAUGAGAAUAAUGAAAACACACCACCAGAAAUGAUUGAGUCUACCUCUCAAAAUCCUAAUGAGGAUAAGGAAAAUAUACCUCCAGAAAUAAUUGAGUCUAUCUCUUAAAAUCUCAGUGCUAUCAUUAUUGAAACUACUCCUUCAAGUAGAACUGUUAACAUUCCAACUCCAUUUAAGAAAGCGUUGUUUUGGCCUAACGAAAGUUCAGUUAGCAAAUGAAAGAAGAGAAAAAAAAAGAAAAAAAUCCAGCGGUGAGCAUUUCCGAUCAAUGGAAGGAGUAUCAUACAAGAAAAGAAGAACAAAAACAACAAGAAGAAGAACUAAAGGAAAGACGAAAAAAAGAGACGAAAAUAAAAUUAAACGCGGAAGCAAACACCUGCAGAAGAACUUCCAGAAGGAGACUGUAGAAGAAAAACUAGAGAAUGAAGACAAUAAAAAAAAACUAAAUAAAGAAGCGAUACAAGUAGGAGAUUAUGUAAUAGUCAAUUUUGAAGGAAUUUAUUUUCCAGGUGUUGUAAAGAGUACCAUGACGUCAAGUGGUGAAAAUAAAUGGAAAUGGCCACAAGAAGAUGAUGAAAUUUGGUAUGAUAUGACGAAAUUGUUGGUAGAAUUGAGGUUCCAUUAGAAGUCAACAACAGAGGUGUUUUUAAAGUUCCCAAAACAAACAAGUUCCGA